AUGGUUAUUCUGGUUAAUCGUGGUUGGGUUCCUCCGCAAAAGAUCAGGCCCGCAAGUCGAAAGGAAGGACAAGUGGAAGGUCAGGUUACUUUCGAUGCAGUUGUUCGACACACUGAGAAGGUAAUUUUUCAAUAUUUUCAGUGUAAUGUCAGGGAUUAA